GACAAUUAUGGUGGAAGGGUAUAGAUUGGGAGAACUCAGCGGGUCGUGGAGAAAUACGUAGUAGAAGUAGACAUCCCUCUGUAAAAUGAACGACUGCUUUUCAGCAAGACUAGAAGCCAGAGUUCGAGGAACUCUGAAAAAAGUCUUUGGAUUUGACUCUUUCAAGACUUCAUUACAGGAAAGGGCAGUCAUGACAGUGGCAAAAGGUGAGAAAGAUGUCUUUGUAUGUAUGCCCACUGGGGCAGGGAAAUCUCUAUGCUACCAGCUUCCUGCAGUCCUGGCAACAGGCAUCACCAUUGUCAUUUCACCUUUAAUUGCACUGAUUCAGGACCAAGUGGAUCAUUUGCUGUCACUGAGUGUGAAAGUAAGCUCUCUCAACUCCAAAAUUUCUGCUCAGGAAAAAAAGACUAUCCUUGCAGACUUGAUGAAUGAGAAACCCCAGAUAAAGCUCCUGUACAUAACACCAGAGAUGGCAGCUUCCUCUUCCUUUCAGCCCACUUUGGAUGUUCUGGUGUCCCGAAAUCUUCUCACUUAUCUGAUAGUUGAUGAGGCUCACUGUGUCUCCCAAUGGGGGCAUGACUUUCGACCAGACUACCUGAGGCUUGGUUCUCUGCGCCGUCGUAUACCCAACACGCCAUGUGUAGCCUUGACUGCCACAGCUACCAAACAUGUUCAGGAUGACAUUUUAGCAUCGCUUAAACUAAAGCAGCCUGUUGCCACCUUUAAGACAUCUUGUUUCAGGUCCAACCUAUUCUAUGAUGUGCAAUAUAAAGAACUCUUAACUGAUCCUUAUGAAAACCUGAAAGAUUUCUGUCUGAAAGCUCUUGGACAGAAGAGCACUUCUGGGGACUAUUUGGGCUGUGGAAUUAUCUACUGCAGAAUGAGAGAAGUCUGUGAGCAGUUAGCUAUUGAGUUAAGUCACAGAGGCGUGAAAGCCAAGGCCUAUCAUGCUGGAUUGAAGGUAGCAGAGAGAACAUCAGUUCAGAAUGAAUGGAUGGAGCAGAAAGUUCCUGUAAUUGUUGCUACUAUCAGUUUUGGAAUGGGAGUUGACAAAGCUAAUGUCAGAUUUGUUGCACAUUGGAAUAUGGCAAAGUCUAUGGCUGGCUAUUAUCAGGAAUCAGGAAGGGCUGGAAGAGAUGGGAAAAUAUCCUGUUGUCGCCUGUAUUAUUCUCGGACUGACAGAGAUCAAGUCAGCUUCUUAAUCAAGAAAGAAAUGGCUAAACUCCAGGAAAAGAGAGGCACCUUGAAAGAAUCGGAUAAAGCUAUGAUGAUAGAUUUUGAUGCUAUGGUGGCCUUCUGUGGAGAGUUGGGCUGUCGUCACGCUGCCAUCGCCAAAUACUUUGGGGAUGCCGUUCCACAGUGCAACAAAUGCUGUGAUUAUUGUAAGAACCCAGCAGCUGUGAAGAAGCAACUUGAAGCACUGGAGCAGUGUACCAAUAGCUGGAACAGGACCCACAUUGGCCGCUCCGCUUUCUCAUCAGACCCGGAGUUAUAUGAAGGAGGAAGAAGAGGCUAUGGUGGCUUUGACAAGUAUGAUGAAGACACUAGGAGUGUGGAUGAAGCCAAUGAAGAGAAUCGGAAAAAGGAAUGGAAUAACUUCUAUAAACAACAGAUGAAGCUGCGCAAGGGCAAAGAAGUUGAAAAAGACAAUUUUAUCCCACCAGAUGCUGAUUGUCGCUUGAAGGAUGCAGCCAGCAGAAAAAUAGUCCGAAUCACAGUGAAGGCUAGGGAGUACUGUCUGACGCUGUUAGAAGAAGCACUGGGCAACAAUCUGCAAGCUGCGCUAACAAGAAAUGGGUCAGAUCCUCUAACAUGUGCUGUGGAAAUGGAGUAUGAGGCUUUCCAGAUCAGCAAGACAGCAAAUUUAUACAAGGCAGCUGUUCUCAAGAAGGUGGCAGAAAUUAACAAAGCUUCCAAAGAUGGAGAGCUGUAUUCCACACUUGCUUUGGGAGUCAAUGGCUGUCCCAAGACGAAAGCAGAACCAACUGCGGUGGCUGAUGAUGAUUUCCACAUACCAUCCAAGGUGAACACUUUCAAACCCAAGAGGGUAGGAGUUGGAUUUCAGAAGACAUCCGAGGUGUUCCAGUCGGCUUCAAAAGUUUUGGUGCCCGAAGAGAAGGGUGAAUUUAAAUUGGACAAAGAGGAAAUGAGCCCGAGCUGGAAAGGAGACAGCAGCCAUUGCCCUGUGUCUGGGGAUGUUGUUAGUCCUGCUGAGAACAACAUGGAAGUAACCGAACAAACCUGCACAAAUGUUGGCGUUCUUGAGAAGGGGCAGCAAAGCGCCCCCAGUCCUACAGCCUCCUUGGGAGUUAGUCCCACCAAAAAGAGCAAGCCCACCAAGAAGCAGCUCCUGCUGGCAGAAGCGGCGAAGAAAGAAUCUCAGAACAUUUCCAAAUUCUUUUCUAGCCAGAAGAUAGAAUCUAAGGCCUCAGACUCAGUGACUGAUUUAGCAGAGGAGGAGGAAAAGUGUUAUGUUAGUGAGCUCCCUCUGUUUCCUUCCCAAAGACCGUGUGAGGAGAGAGGCUCUCCAGAACUUGAAAUGAUCUCCAAAGAAGAAAUAGCCAAUGCGUCCCAUCUAGAAGAACAGGAGUUGGAGGAAACGGGGGACAAUCCAGCAACAAGGACUCACAGCUCAGGAACAGAAUCCUCAUGCCCAGGAUCACCCCCUGAAAAAUCCAGUGGCACUAAGCCUUUGGUUGAAGAUGAAAUGGCUAAUGGCUGUGGAAACUGUAAUGGAAAGAGACCAGGAUCAGCUGAGGACCUGGAAAGCCCUGCUGAAAAGAGGCUUCGAGUUACGACAAAAUCUUCCAUCUUGUCGCAGUUGGAGGGGAAAGCUGGUGGCCUGGCGAAAAAGAAGGUCACCUUUGAUCCAAACUUGUCACAGGUUGAUAAAGAAGGAACCACUAAAACCAUCCAUGCGGCUACAAAGGCCUUGUCCCUUAAGGAGACAGCAGACAUUGUUGUCAAAUACUUAACCCCUUUCUACAAGGGUGGCAAAUUUGCUUCCAAGGAACUAUUUAAGGGCUUCGCCCGACACCUUUCUCAUCUGCUGGCUGCAGACAAGAGUCCCCUGCGCAAGACUGUGAAAGAAGAAGCCCAGAGACUGAUCAAGGGAUUUUUCAAAACUCACGGCAAGUGUGAAAAUGAGACAGACUGGCAGGAGUUGAGCAACUUGGAAACAUGACCCGGGGAAACAUACCAGUUCCCACUGCUCCCUGUGACUGCUAGACCCAGCCCCCCCUGUGGGUUUCAUCCGAGCUGUGCGUUGUGGUGAUAUAAUGGGAAGUCUGAAGCAAAGUUACUUUGUGGGUCUUGUUUCAUUUGAAAAGAGCCAUGUGGAAAGGUCUUUGGUGACUUCAUCUGCACAACACUUUCCCUCUCUAUCGGGGAUAAUUCUUCCAAAUUCAGUUCAAAUCUCUGGUGUUUGGUGAUUCAGUGCAUUUUGUGUCCUGUAACAAAUGCGAAGGGACUAGGAUUGAGUAUUUGGCUAGGGAUCCUGCUGCUACUUAAAGAUUGCCCCCCCCUACUUAAGCUGGAUGUAUUAGUAGGAGCCUUGAGUAUAAACAAGCGUGCAUACUUCACUCAGGGGUUAUGUGCUUCAGGAGUUACUAUAGGGUACACUUGCGUUGGAGAAAACUGUUUUGUUUGGAAGGGAGUCUUGAAGAAUUGUUUGGGAUCCCUUUGAUUUUUGUUGUUUUAAGAUGUUGAAAUUUUCUUUUAUUCUAAAAAGUGGCCUCUUAGGCUAGCAAUAGAACCUUUAAAAACCCACACACUGCGAAAAGGAUGAGAGAUACUGGCUGGAAUGGCACAGUUUCUUACAACCUCAGUAAAAAAAAAAAUUGUAGAUAAAGUAAACCUAAAAGUUUUUAACAAAAUCUUAUAUGCAAAUAAAUGUAACAAAAACCUGACAGCCACUAUAAAACACACACACACAGUCCCUUUAAGAUGGAGUGGAGUAGCAGUCGGGUACAGAGAGUCAUAGUCAGUAAAUUGUCUUCUGAUACCCACCCCAGCAAUUGAGGUUUUUCAUACGUGUUUGCAUGUAACAUUGAUUUUAUUUUUAAGUGGGGAAUAAUAAUUUUUUGUUCUUCUGUUCCUCUAAGCAAUGGCAGUAUAUCCUCUUGUACAGGAGCUGGGAUACGCAGACCUCUUUAUUUGUAAAUUUGUAAAUUCAUUUGUAAAUUCCAUUAUCUCUGCAUGUAUGGUUUUCCAAUUACAAGAAGUUUUAUCUUUCUGCAAAACUUCAGGAAUAAAGAGAGCUCAGCCCAUAACCUAACUCGCCCUCUCUCAUCUAUAUAAAAAUUUGCCAGUAUACAGCAAACAGGCUUUCUAAAUUGUGAUGAAGAGGCAAUCCCUGCAGAUCUGUUCACUUAACCAGUUUUACUGUUGAUAGAAAGGCCUGAUGUAUCGUUAAAGGAAAUUGUCAUUGCAAUGGACUUGCGUAAUUACAUUGUAUCUAUUUGGACGUGUUCCUAUAUACAAUCUGAAGCCUUUCACGUUAUUGCUAUGUGAUUUCAGUGGGUUGCUUCUCUUAGAGAUUCUUCGCACAUUUUAUGACAGUCAAAACUUUUGAUGAAGAGCAAUGGCUACUCUCCAGACCCUUGGCAUGUGUACCAGUAUAAAAUAUGUACAGUCACUAUUUUUUUAAGGUUUAGUUGUAGACAGGUACACAAUAAAAUGUAAGACAGGGAGGACCCCUUGUAUUAGCCUGUGAUCUUGGCCCUUCCAAUAACAGUGGACUGCUUUGGAAAUGAAAUGCUGAAAAUCCUAGUAGUAUUAAGGUUGAAAUUACUGCAGAAGGGAAAAAAAUUAUAGGAGAUGGUGCUGUGGUUUCUUCUUAAGACCUUGACUUAAGGAUUUUAUGCUGAAGCUGUGGCUUUUUCUUAUACCAACUGGUGUUUCUGGGAAGGAGAGAAGCUGUCAAGUAAGAUUUGCUCUGGGAGCGAGGGGCUUGGUGCUGCUUUGACUUCAGGCAAGAGGAAAGCACUUUUUUUUCUUUUACCUGCUCUCUCAGGUAUAAUAAGUUCUUUACUUGCUGCGCAUAACCCUGCUGUGAGUUAGUAAAUAGUUAUAUGUUUCGAAGAAUAAUUGAGUAAAAUAUUUGUUUUUUUAUUAUUUAAUCUACUAAAGCCAUAUUUGCUCUACUGUGCCUCUUGUUUUAUCCUAACGGGCCACUUAGCAUUGUGGCAAAGUUGCCCAGCUUUGGGAAGAUGCUGCUCUUAUUUAUCCAUAGUUGAAUCCAGGGCUAUAGAUUCCCAGCUUGGGAUAGAAGUUUUUUCCAUGAUGUUUUGUUGAUCUGUGCCUUAGCUUUGUCCCUAGAUAAGCCAUUGAACUUUUUGGUAGGAGGAGCUCAUAGACAAUGGUGGAAGGGGUAGCUACUCUAAAUAGUCAAUACUGUGGAACCAGUCCAUGUUACAUGACAAGCUGCUAAUAAAAUGAAUAUUACAGAAGU